GAUGGGCAAAUCUGAAUCUUUGUCUCUCGUUCUCUUUCAAAAAUUUGAAUGCAGUUUUCUGGGGAUUUUUUUUUCUUUCAAAAAAUGGGCAAAUCUGAAUCUCUGUCUCUCGUUCUCUUUCGCACAUCGCCUUCUUCCUCUCUGCCUCUCGUUCUCUUUCCCUCCGACUCCAAUCUGAUCUGAAUCGCGCACUGCUUCUUCCUCUUUCUCGUUCUCUAAAAAGGGAAUCGAAAAACUCAAACUAGGGUAUCAGGUCAUGGAUGUUCCCUUGCCAUUGGAUAAAUUAGCUUUAGAACUGAUUAGUAAUGAAACCUCCCCUGGAAACACUAGCAACAGCAAGAUAUAUGCAAUUCUGGUUGCAACUGGAAGCUUUAAUCCGCCUACUUUCGUGCAUUUACGCAUGUUUGAGCUUGCAAGAGAUGUGUUGAAUUCCAAAGGCUACUGUGUAAUAGGAGGUUACAUGUCACCUGCGAAUGAUGCAUACAAGAAAAAGAACCUAAUAUCUGCUGAACAUCGAAUACGAUUAUGUCAUCUAGCUUGCAAAAGUUCAGAAUUUGUAAUGGUUGAUCCAUGGGAGGCAAAUCAAAGCACAUAUCAGCGCACUUUAACUGUUCUCUCCAGAGUCCACAGUUCUAUUUGUGAGACAGGGUUGGUAUCUAGAGAAUCCCUCAAGGUCAUGCUUGUUUGUGGUUCUGAUCUCCUCUAUUCUUUUGGCAUUCCUGGAUUCUGGAUUCCUGACCAGGUUAAGACUAUAUGCAGAGAUUAUGGAGUAGUCUGCAUUCGCAGAGAAGGACAAGAUGUGGAGAAGACUAUAUCUGAUGAUGAAAUUUUGAAUGCGAAUCAGGCUAAUAUUGAAGUUGUGGAUGAGCUUGUACCAAAUCAAAUCAGCUCAACGAGAGUAAGAAUUCACUCGAGCUUUGCUCUUCGACCUCACCAGUGGACGCUCACCGCUCAUUCUCAUCGAUCGAUUCAGAAAUCACUGCACCAAUCCCAGCUCAAACAACUGCUUCUGCGGCUCCGGUUUGCCAUGUGGAAAGGAAGCUCUCACACUUUGCAAGGGAAGCCAUGUUCACAGAAUAGAUGUUAUGUUGAAGGUGUUGUUGAUUGUUCAGAAGCUUUUGCAAGAGAACAAGCACAGUUCAAAGAGGGACAUCUAUUACAUGCAUCCAUCUGUGUUUUUGGAUCAGUCAGUUGUGGACCGCUCAAUAAAUGAUAUAUGUGUCAUUAUGCAGUGCAGUCGCCAUGACCUUAAUGUGGUAGAACUUUUUGCACUAUAUUUUCAGUUUGGGUCUCUUAACUUGGUGUAUUUUGGUAAAUAAAACUUCAUGUACCUGCUGGGAAAGGGUACAAGAGGAGAUCAUACACUCGAUCUUGGAAAUUUCACUUUUCUGUCAUUCCCUUUAUAUUUUCUUUUUUUGACGGGGUCAUUCCCUUUAUAUGAACAAUGAUAACAGUUUUAUUUCACAUCUGAUACUAUUUCAUGAGUGCAUAACUUUUUGUAUAAAACAAAAUCCCCCCCCCCCCUGGUGCAUCUGAAAGUUGAUAUGAAAUUCAAAGGAUACUUAUUAUAAUAAUUGUUAUUUUUGAGUUUUGAGAUCUAUUGUCGCCAUUGGUUUGACAAAUUCCAUUGCUAUCAUAACUGAUGACUGUGAAAAAAUAUGGUUCUAUUAUGAUUCUUCCUAGUUUAUACUCAGAACAUUAAUAAGCCAGGCAUAUAUGACAUUCUUCCAUUUGAAUUCUUCUCUCUUGCUUUGUCUGAAAUUGUUAAUUACUUUUCUCAAAGCUGAUACUUUUUUGCCUUCUGCUCAGUUUCUUCAUAUUCUAGUACCAUGUCUAAAUGUGUUCAACUGGUAAGACUUAUGCAUCAAAUUUAUUCCUGCUAUAGGAUAGUCAUGGGCUGGAUAAGAUUCUUUGAAGGAAAAAGGAUAUAUGACUGCAUCAGUUCUCCCAACACUUUUUCCAAAGAUUAGCAAACGACCAGUUCUGUAGUGCAAAUCGUUGCAUCAUCAUCACUGUUUUUGCGGCUUCUGGUUGAUAAUUUGCACCUCCCCGCGUAUUGCUUGGUAGAUUGUGAUCCCUAUGGCUUUGACAUCUUAACCACUUACAGAUUUGGUUCCAUGCAAAUGGCUUAUGACAUGAAACAUCUUCGUGUCCCAGAGAUACACUGGCUUGGAGCUUUUCCUUCAGAUUCUGAGAGAUAUUUGGUCCCAAAACAGUGCCUUCUUCCUCUGACUGCUGAAGACAAGAGAAAAAUUGAAGCCAUGCUGCUUAGAUGCUAUCUGCAAAGGGAGAUGCUACGAUGGAGGUUGGAGUUAAAGCUGAUGCUGCAGAAAGGAGUUAAGUUUGAGCUUGAAGCAUUAUCUGUGCGUACUCUUGCAUUCUUGACAGAGUCUUACAUACCUUCUAAAAUUCAUGGUAAACUGAAAUUCUAGCAUGUUGGAUAUUGAUGCGUUAAGCAUUACAAGAUCAAUUUGGUUUACUACGCUUUUUGGAAGAAUAUUUAGUAAAGUGAUAUAUUUGGACUUUAGAGUUCAUCCCAAUGAUUUGUUGCAAAGUCAUAGACCUCACAAGGUUGGUUCUCCUAGUGUCUGUUAUGUUCCUUUUGCAUUUUAAGUUGUGAUGUGUAGCAGUGGGUCUGUGUAGUGUGUACUUGUAUAGUAGGAUCUUUGGUUCAACAAUCUUAGAGUCAUCGAUAACCUUGUAUUUUUUUUUGACACCAGCCUUGUGUUGUAAGGGGGUUUCUAUUAUGGAUAUCCCUAUAAAUUGGAAAGUCCAUUUGAGAUUUCUCGUUUAAAUAUUUUUACUUUUGCC